AUGGAAGGUGGAUGUAGACGGAGAGUAAUGGUGGUAGCAGAUCCAACCCAAGAGUCAGCAGGUGCCCUACAAUAUGCACUUUCUAAAGCAAUUCUUGAGAACGACGAGUUGAUCCUCUUCAAUGUCGAAAACCCUAACUCGUGGCGAAACACACUAACGACUUUCCUUAGAAGACCUAGCCGCAGUUCAGGGUCAGCCGCCGCGUCCAUAGAAGGCAGCUUAGGGCACGCCGACUUUCUUGAAGAAAUGAAGAAUGCAUGCAAACUUGCAAAACCAAAAGUACGCGUGCGCGUAGAGAAGGUGGCGUUGAUAGAAGGCAAAGAGAAAGCAAGCAUUAUUCUAGAUCAUAGCAAGGCUCUUGGGGUCGAUGUCCUAAUUAUAGGGCAACGACGGAGUCUUUCUACUAUAAUCUUAGGAUACAGGAGGCCUGGAGGGUCCACGCGAGGGACAAAACCAAUAGACACAGCAGAGUAUUUGAUUGAUAAAAGCAGCUGCACAUGUGUUGGAGUUCAGAAAAAGGGCCAAAAUGGAGGCUACCUUCUCAACACAAAGACCCACAAGAACUUCUGGCUUCUGGCGUAG